AUGGCUUCAUUAUCAGAUCAGAUCUAUUCGGCUACUUACUCUGGUGUCGCUGUAUUGGAAUUCCUAACAACUUGUGGGUCCGUAAUGAGAAGAAAACAUGAUGGUUGGAUAAAUGCUACACAUAUCUUAAAAGUAGCCAAUUUCCCCAAGGCAAAGAGAACUAGAAUAUUGGAAAGAGACGUCCAAAGUGGUCUUCAUGAAAAGAUCCAGGGUGGGUAUGGUAAAUAUCAAGGAACCUGGGUCCCUUUGGAAAUUGGCAAUUCUCUAGCUAUAACAUACAAUGUCCAUCUGGUACUAGCCCCAAUCCUAAAUUAUCAAGUAAUUGAUGGUGCUCCUGAACUACCCCCUGCUCCAAAACAUCACCAUGCUUCA